AUGGACCGUAAGGCACUAGUAGUGAAGGAUGUAUCAGCAGCCGAGUUCAUAGCUGCUUAUGCUGCGUACUUAAAAAGAACAGACAAAAUCGAAAUUCCUUCAUGGGCAGAGAGAAAUAAAAGGUGAUAUUGACGGAAAUUGGACUCCAAGGCGUAAUUCCUAUUGAGCAGGGAUGGCUAUCCUGAUGAAGCCGAAAACAGUGUCUAUACCUUUUUGAAGUAGACCUUCAGGCUUGGGGAUGAAUUCACGAAGAGGGAAUUUUUUUCCCAAAGGUUUUCCUGUCUCUGCCAGAUGGGCUUGACAGGCUUUGCCUACCUCAUGGUCUUCCCUAGUCGGGAUAAUCGGGGUUAUAACGAUGACCUCCCCCCUCAAUCUUCAUGUCUAUUGCAACAAAAAUGCAAUUUUUUAAUAUAAUCCCUUGCAUAAAUUUCAUUUUGCUUAUUUAUGGUAAAUUGAUUUUAAAAUGUCAAAAAAAUUUUAGCAUACCAUAGACUCAGUUUUAUAUAUAAUGGCAUGUCAAAAUUUUUUUGGCAUCUUAAAAUCAAAAUAUUACCAAUACAUUAUAUAAAAUUUUAUAUAAAAAAAAUAAUAAUUUUCAUGUCUCUUGCAGCAAAUUAUAUAUAAAAAAAAUAAUAAUUUUCAUGUCUCUUGCAACAAAUUAUAUAUAUUAAAAUGGCGACACGUGUCAGCAUACCCUCUUUGCGCAGCAUUCCAGACCUUAUGGCUAAUGCGAACUGGGACGGACUCCGAGCCGAGAAUCAGACGCAGGCUCAAGAAGUGUAUAUCCGGGCAGGUUUGGGCUGCUUUCCUGUGGUUGGAAAUAGAUGCGCUCAACAACGUCCUUUUGAUCCGAGGACCCAUGGGCAUUCCUCUACCGAGAAACUGUGUUUUUGCCCAGGCCACAGGGGAACAGUCUUUUUCGUGUAGCUGUAGAAGGAAGGUACUUUGACACCCGAUAGACUCUAAGGAGCUGAUCCUUGGAAUCAAACUACUCCAAUUGCCCGUAGCAGGGACGCAGAAAUCCAUAAGCCGCCCACUCAAGACUGAAGCCGCAAGGAGGAGACAGAAGGUACCGGAAGGGCACUCGCAAGAGGAAUAGACCCUCUGGGUUGGAGUCGAAAAGCGGUAGAACCUUCUGCACGGGAGGUCUUUGGUGAUUGUGCCACCAAUAUGGCUAGCGCCUGUCUGUAAUAAUCCUAAUCCUCUUGCAGCAAAUUUUAGAUGCGCAUCUUAAAUUUUUCUCUACUUUUUAGCUAGAUAAGUUUAAUAAAAUGGCGAGCAAUGGCAAUAGCCGUCCAAAUCUCGAUGAGAACGUCAUUGAAACGCCUACAGCAGCGCUGUUUUAUGGGGUUUUUGAGAAACUCACCUAGAGAAAAAUGCAUUAAUUAUUUUUUAUAAAAAUGUUGUGUUGCAGUAGGCAUGAAAAUUUUUUCGAAAAAUUUUUGUGUUGCAGUAGACAUGAAGAUUGAGGGGGGGUCAUCGUUACAUACGGUGGCUCCGCCCUAGGGAGCUGAUCCCUUGAUAGGUGGUUCAGACAGGAAAUCCAAAAUGGAAGCCUUCCAUUUUCCUCAUUUGAACUCCGAGAUAUAUGGAGGCGGCUAUUCUUGGGGCUGAGGCUAGGCAGAGGCUAUAGGCUUGCCUGCUUAUGAUCAGUUUAAUCGUUUAAUUUAAAUUAUGGGCAGACUUUGUAAAGACAGGCGUCAAUAGACAACUCGCUCCAUAUGACAAAGACUGGCUUUACAUUAGAGCUGCAGCUCUUGCCAGAAAAGUUUAUCUUAGACGUCAUUUGGGGAUCAGUGCUCUCCAAAAGAUUUACGGAGGAAGCAAAAACUACGGCACAACCCCUCGCCACUUUGUGACUGGAUCAGGAAAAAUUGUGAGAUAUUUAUUAGCACAGCUUGAAAAACAAGGAAUUGUUGAAGUCGAUACUGAAGAAAUUGAGGGAGGAAAGCAUGGUGGAAGAAGAAUCACCAAGAAAGGACAGCAAGAGCUUGAUAGCAUUGCCAAACAAAUUUCUCAAGCAGCUUAA